AUGACAGCUGAUAAGCUUAAGAAUGUAUCCGAAUAUCUAGAAGCUGCUAAGCAGAUUCAGGAGAACCAAAUACUUUUACCUCCUAACAUCCAGGCCAACAUUGAGAGGGUUGAUAAGAAGAUAAAUGAUUCUGCUAAAAUUUUGGAAAGAAAAAGACUUGGUUCUAGAGAGUGUUAUGCUAGGAUUUAUCUUGGUUCUAAAGGCAUUGUCAAUCUGCCAUGCAGAAGACUCGCUUUAAUCAUCAUCGCGGGUGUAAUGCUGCUUUUGGCUCUCCUCGGUUUCUGUAAGCAUUCUAACCCUGUUUCUGGCAUGCGUUUUUGUGUGUACAUAUUGGUGACCAUAGGGUGGAUCCUUGUCACAGUCAUCUUUAUUUUGUGUGGCAUAUUUAUCAUAGUUCAUAAUGUGAUGGACGAUAGUCGUGUUGCUAUGGAACAAUUCCUGUUUCCUACAGCUCAUACUGCUUUGGAUGAUAUUAUUCCAUGUGUGGACCGUGCAACAGCUCAAGAAGCAUUAUUUGAAAGCAAAGAUGUUACUACGCGCUUGGUUGGUAUUGUCAAUGCCUUAAUCAAUAAUGCGGCUAACUUGAACGUUCCACCCAAUACCAGCCCUAUUUACUGCAAUCAAUCUGGCCCACUAGUGCCAGCCCUCUGUAGCCCUUACAACUCUGACAAGGCAGACAGGAAAUGCAAUGCUGAUGAAGUAAACUUGGGCAAUGCAGCACAGGUAAGCCAAAAGCAAGUGUGAAAUCACACAUAUAGAAUAAGAUGCAUGAUGCAUUUAGAAAAGCUGGUGUCGUCCUUUCAAGGAAUGGAAUAGAGGGAAUAUCUUUGGAUAGAGCCUUUUAUGGAGUCAGUCAAGGAAGUAACUUUUAGAAUCUUUAGAUAUAAU